AUGGAGAACUACCCAAGGAUUUUUGAAACCUUCUUAGAGGAAUCACUCAAGCCCAUAAACGAGACUCGUUCAGCUGACUCAAAAGCGACAUUUACACUCGAGCCUUUCGACAUGCGCGCGCAAGUUUACCCUAAAGAAAAUGAAUAUGAUGCAAUACUAAUCACUGGCUCUACUGCUACUGCCCACGAAUAUGAACAACCAGGUAGAGAGUGGAUCAAAAAACUGAUUGAGUACGUGAGGUAUGUCGCCACAGAGAAACCGCGGAUAAAGAUUUUCGGCGUAUGCUUCGGACAUCAGAUCAUUGCGCUUGCGAUGGGCGGGACAUGUGUUCGCAAACCGCAUUUCGAAGUUUCUGCAACAAAACUGCACCUAACCGAGCUCGGCCAGAGAGUAUAUAGUGUCAAAUCCGACGUUUUGAACCUUCAAGUGAUGAAUCAUGACCAUGUUCUUACUGAGCCGCCAUCAUUCCAUAUCCUUGCUUCGUCUAACCAGUCGCCAGUCCAUGGAAUGGUUUUCUUUUCCCAAUCAGAGUCAUCCGAGGACACACCGCCCUUGAAUUUCAGCCUCACCAACAUCCAUAUUCUCACCAGCCAAGGUCACCCCGAAUUUACGGGGUCCAUGAUGCAUUCACUCCUCCGUUUGUGGCGAGAACUCCUGGGCCCUGGGCUUGUCCAUGACGGCGAGUCUCGUGCAGGCAACCAGAAUGAUGGAGUCACAGUCGUUAGGAAGGCCAUAUUGAGGGUGUUAUGGGAGCAGGAUGACUGA